GGUGCGAUGAAAAACUCUCUCCCCAGAUGUGCGAGAAGUUUACCGUCUGUGAGAACAGCAUGGAAAUGCUCCUCCAGAACAACCUCAACCUCCCCAAGCUGACAGAGGAAGAUGGGUGUCUGCUCGCCGGCUUCAACUCGCUCUCCUUUCUGGAUAAAUGCUUGAAGAAAAUCUCCAGCGGGCUUUAUACAUUUCAGCCAUACCUUAAAUACGUACAAGAAACUUUUACUAGUGAAAAGCAAAAUGUUGAAUUGCUGUGCCGUUCGACAGAGCGCCUGGCACAUAACAUAAGGCAGAUGGUGAUCAAUCCCGAUGAAGUGAUCAUCCCAGACUCAGCUACCCAGGAAUCCCUCCGCGCAAAGCUGAAGUCCGACAAGACCUGGAUAGAGAAAAUCACCACCCACCUCAUCCUCCGAGACUAUACUUCGUUUAUGGAGAAAACCGUGAGGGCCAUUCGCUAUUUGAAAAAUACCAGGAGUUUCAGUGUCUGAAUGUUUUAAUUCAGGCACAAUCCUUUGUCACAAAUCUGUCAUGUGGCAGAUGACAGUGUUGUU